AUGGCUCAAAGUAAAAGUAAUCCUCCUCAAGUGCCUUCUGGCUGGAAGGCUGUUUUUGAUGAUGAAUACCAGACUUGGUAUUAUGUAGAUUUAUCUACGAACAGCUCUCAGUGGGAACCACCAAGGGGAACAACAUGGCCAAGACCCAAAGGUCCUCCACCAGGUGUUAACAAUGAGAAGAGUUCUCGUCAACAGGCAGACCAGGCUCCUCCACCUUAUUCUUCUCAAUCAACACCGCAAGUGCAAGCAGGGGCCCAAGCACAGCAACCUCGUUACUAUCAGCCUCAACAGCCUCAGUACCCUCAAUACCCUCAACAGCAGCGUUACUAUCCUCAACAAGCCCCUAUGCCAGCAGCAGCACCACAGCAAGCAUACUAUGGAACUGCGCCAAGCACCAGUAAAGGUAGUGGACACGGCGGUGCCAUGAUGGGUGGUUUACUUGGUGUUGGUGCGGGUUUGUUAGGUGGAGCUAUGCUAGAACACGCAUUUGACGACCACAACUAUGACGGACCAGACACUGUCGUUGUCGAGAACAAUUACUACGGUGAUGAUGCUGGUGGGUCCGACGGCGGAUUUGAUGAUGCUGGUGGGUUCGACGGCGGAUUUGAUGAUGGAUUUGACGGUAGUGACUUUUAA